AUAAAAUUUAAUUAUAAAGAUGGCGUUCAAUUCAAAACUCUAAAUUUUUAUCUCUCGAUCUUCAUUAAUUGACAUAUGCUACUAGUGAGCCAUGGAUGAUACAUCAAUAGAAGAGAUUGACUGGUUUCCUUUGCCUGAAGUGGAAUCAAGAGAUCACGUGAUCCCAGAAAGAGCCCCAGGCCCAACAUGCUCAUACAAUGUGAAUCCUAAUCUUACUACUCCAAUUAAAGCCCACCCACAGUUACCCAACCUCAGUGUACUAUCCAUCAAUAGUUCUGCUCCUUCGAAUAUCAACGAUCGCUCAUCAGUUUCAACCACACCCACACAAUUAGAUCAACUUUGGACUAAAUUUUUAGACCUAUACGUUACAAAGCCACACCCUCUAAUAACAUGUAAUAAAGACGAAUGUACAUGUACAUGUCAUCAUGAAAAUGAGGUCAGCAAACACCAAGAGAGACAGACAGAAACUAUUUUUACAACACCUUCAAAACUCGAGCCAUACCCAUUACCAACUAGUCCUUCAACAACUGAAGCCACACCCCCAACAACACCACAGGCCAAACCAACUAAAGCCAUGGAAAGGCUGACAUUACAAGAUGCUUGUCGUCACUUUAAAACCUCCUUUAUCAAGAACUCACUCGCCAGACAAGAGGAGAUAAAGAGAAAACCAAGAAAUAAAAUGUUAACGAGCACUUACCAUACCCCUUCAUUCAUUCAAAGAUUAAAUAAAACCUCUGAAGUUACUGUUCCUAGACAGAAGAUGACAUACAAAGAGAUGUACAUGCACACUAAAAAUAAGUGGGACGUACUACCGGAAGUGAUAGCUAAAAAUAAAAAAUCAGUAAAAGAGAAAGAAGCAGAAACUAACCGACUACGAGUUAAAAUAUACCAAAAAGAAGUGCUGGCAAGGAUGAGAAGAUUAAAAGAAAAAUCCAAAAAAAUGAAACAAUAUCUAUAAUAUAAUUAACAAUUACAUCAUUAUUACCAAAAAUAGACACAGUAUAAUUAUGAAUCUUUAAAUCCCAACAAAUACCUACAAACAGCAAAUGAAUGACAAUAAUUUUUAAUAAUAAGACAUGUAUCUGAUUGACUG